CUGUUUAUUAGCAACGUUCUUGCACUUAUACACUAAAUAUUUCAGCGAAAAUUGAAUCUAAAAAAUUGGAAAAAUUUUUGAUGUUAACAUCAUUAAAAUCAUCGUUGACUAUAGAUUAACAAAAAAUUAGGAAGCAGCGAAAAAAGUCAACUUGAACAAAAGCGAAUGGAAAUUAUGAAAUUUUUGUGAGAUACUGUCAUUGACCACAAAACAAAAAGGCUUUCGGAGCUAUAAUACUUAAGGAUUUAAAAACAACAGUGAACGAAAAACCACAAAUAGUUAUUAAUAUUAAUUUAAUGUUCUGUUUUAUAAAACCAAAAUUAAUAUAAAGUAAUGGAAAGCUCCACAAGUGGCGAAACAGCGAACUCACAAUGCUCUCUACAAAAAUCUAGAAAGAAAUGUAGAAGCAAAAAACAGUCUUGUAAAUCACAAAAUCCUACGGUAAUGAGACCAAAUUUAGAUGCAGAGAACACUUAUUCGAAAGAAGGUGAUACAAUUAGAAUUUGUAAUAAAUUGGAACAAGUUGAAAUAGCUGACCCAAUCAGCUUAAAUAAUCAUGUACUAAAUGGGUUGCUUAGCAAAGGAAAACGAAGCUAUGAAAAUGGAACUGAAGUCACUCAAAAUGGUCAUCAUGUAGCUACAGUACGAAAUGAUUCUAAUGAUGAAAGUAUUCCAGCAAGGAAAAAUGAAAUCGGCAAACCUAAAGCCAAAUGUCUUUAUUUGAACAGUUGUGACGAUCAACGAUGCCAUACGGUUUCAGAAAACUUAAAUAAUGCAGUAGUCCAGCGUGUGUCCACUUUAAUACCACCAAAAGUUGAAAACGGAAUUGAUCAUGACAUUACACGAAUUAAUGAAUUGAAUGUUAAUGUAGAGCGAAAUAAUUGCAUACAUCCUGAUAGUAUAUCAAGUAACAUUAAAUUUGCUGAACGGUCCAAAGAAACUAAUGGAACAACAAAGCUACCAAAUGCCACAGAUAACUUAACUACUGCCAAGCUAUGUGCUAGAAGCAAUGAUGAAAAAAAAGAAUCCACAAUGUCUACAUUAGACGUAACCAACGUUUAUAUAGAGUAUAAGCAAUAUAACUCAGAACUACAAAUGCAUGACAUCAUGCGCCUGAUACAAGCAGAACUAUCGGAGCCUUAUUCAAUUUAUACUUAUCGCUAUUUUAUAUAUAACUGGCCAAAACUGUGCUUUUUGGCAGCACAUGGUAAUGAGUAUGUUGGUGCCAUAGUGUGCAAGCUAGAUAUGCACGCGAGUUCUCGACGUGGGUACAUAGCAAUGCUAGCUGUACGCAAAGAAUAUAGGAAAUUGAAAAUAGGAACAACUCUUGUACAAAAAGCUAUUGAGGCAAUGCUUCUGGAUAAUGCUGAUGAAGUAGUGCUAGAAACAGAAAUGCGUAAUAUACCCGCUUUACGUUUAUAUGAAAACUUGGGUUUCGUGCGUGAUAAGCGUUUAUUUCGUUAUUACCUAAACGGCGUCGAUGCGCUACGCUUAAAAUUAUGGUUUAGUUGCUAUGAGAGAAGAGAAGAAGAUUAAUCAAAAAGAAGCAAAAAAAUGUUUUAAAGUAACUUACCGGCAAUAUGGCGGCAACACUAAAUUACUUAAUCAAAUUAAUAUAAAAAAUGUAAAUCAGGUUUAUUUUAUAUAGUACUAUUUAGUUUACGGAUACGUUUGCAUGAUACGCAUUAAAUUAUAAAUUGUGAAUUGGAAUAUUUAAAAGUGAUAAAAACUUUUAAAUAUGAAACGAAGAACAACCACCUAAAUUCAAUAUUCUGUACAUUGAAUUUACAUUUACAUUGCACUUUAAAAUUUGGCAAACCUAUUCAAAGAUUAAAAUAGAUUUAAAGUUGUGUUUUCUAAUAUCACCUUUUAAGAAUAAAUUAAAUUAU